AUGAAACCUGACCCUGGAUAUUCUAACAGCCCACAGGGCUUUCAGAUGAAACCUGACCCUGGAUAUUCUAACAGCCCACAGGGCUUUCAGAUGAAACCUGACCCUGGAUAUUCUAACAGCCCACAGGGCUUUCAGAUGAAACCUGACCCUGGAUAUUCUAACAGCCCACAGGGCUUUCAGAUGAAACCUGACCCUGGAUAUUCUAACAGGCCACAGGGCUUUCAGAUGAAACCUGACACUGGAUAUUCUAACAGCCCACAGGGCUUUCAGAUGAAACCUGAUCCUGGUUAUUCUAACAGCCCACAGGGCUUUCAGAUGAAACCUGACACUGGAUAUUCUAACAGGCCACAGGGCUUUCAGAUGAAACCUGACCCUGGAUAUUCUAACAGCCCACAGGGCUUUCAGAUGAAACCUGACCCUGGAUAUUCUAACAGCCCACAGGGCUUUCAGAUGAAACCUGACCCUGGAUAUUCUAACAGCCCACAGGGCUUUCAGAUGAAACCUGACCCUGGAUAUUCUAACAGCCCACAGGGCUUUCAGAUGAAACCUGACCCUGGAUAUUCUAACAGCCCACAGGGCUUUCAGAUGAAACCUGACCCUGGAUAUUCUAACAGCCCACAGGGCUUUCAGAUGAAACCUGACACUGGAUAUUCUAACAGCCCACAGGGCUUUCAGAUGAAACCUGAUCCUGGUUAUUCUAACAGCCCACAGGGCUUUCAGAUGAAACCUGACACUGGAUAUUCUAACAGGCCACAGGGCUUUCAGAUGAAACCUGACCCUGGAUAUUCUAACAGCCCACAGGGCUUUCAGAUGAAACCUGACCCUGGAUAUUCUAACAGCCCACAGGGCUUUCAGAUGAAACCUGACCCUGGAUAUUCUAACAGCCCACAGGGCUUUCAGAUGAAACCUGACCCUGGAUAUUCUAACAGCCCACAGGGCUUUCAGAUGAAACCUGAUCCUGGUUAUUCUAACAGCCCACAGGGCUUUCAGAUGAAACCUGACCCUGGAUAUUCUAACAGCCCACAGGGCUUUCAGAUGAAACCUGAGCCUGGAUAUUCUAACAGCCCACAGGGCUUUCAGAUGAAACCUGAGCCUGGUUAUUCUAACAGCCCACAGGGCUUUCAGAUGAAACCUGACCCUGGAUAUUCUAACAGCCCACAGGGCUUUCAGAUGAAACCUGACCCUGGUUAUUCUAACAGCCCACAGGGCUUUCAGAUGAAACCUGAGCCUGGAUAUUCUAACAGCCCACAGGGCUUUCAGAUGAAACCUGACCCUGGAUAUUCUAACAGGCCACGGGGCUUUCAGAUGAAACCUGAGCCUGGAUAUUCUAACAGCCCACAGGGCUUUCAGAUGAAACCUGAGGCUGGAUAUUCUAACAGCCCACAGGGCUUUCAGAUGAAACCUGACCCUGGUUAUUCUAACAGCCCAAGGGGCUUUCAGAUGAAACCUGACCCUGGUUAUUCUAACAGCCCACAGGGCUUUCAGAUGAAACCUGACCCUGGAUAUUCUAACAGCCCACAGGGCUUUCAGAUGAAACCUGACCUUGGUUAUUCUAACAGCCCACAGGGCUUUCAGAUGAAACCUGACCCUGGUUAUUCUAACAGCCCACAGGGCUUUCAGAUGAAACCUGAGCCUGGUUAUUCUAACAGCCCACAGGGCUUUCAGAAGAAACCUGACCCUGGUUAUUCUAACAGGCCACAGGGCUUUCAGAUGAAACCUGAGCCUGGUUAUUCUAACAGCCCACAGGGCUUUCAGAUGAAACCUGACCCUGGAUAUUCUAACAGCCCACAGGGCUUUCAGACGAAACCUGAGCCUGGUUAUUCUAACAGCCCACAGGGCUUUCAGAUGAAACCUGAGGGUCUUAGACCCGUGAAGUGCCCAGCCUCGACCCCAGCCUGCACCUCUCAGGGGCCUCCUACUGACCCAACCCCAGCCUGCACCGACAUCUCAGGGGCCUCCUACUGCCCCAACCCCAGCCUGCACCUCUCAGGGGCCUCCUGCUGCCCCAACCCCAGCCUGCACCGACAUCUCAGGGGCCUCCUACUGACCCAACCCCAGCCUGCACCUCUCAGGGGCCUCCUACUGACCCAACCCCAGCCUGCACCGACAUCUCAGGGGCCUCCUGCUGCCCCAACCUCAGAGGGAUGA